GAACAGGUUUGGGUUUUUUUGGUAUAAGAAAAUAUUUAUAAGAACCCAGUUAGACAGUGCAAGGCUGGAGAGAGGCAUGUCUUGCUGGAUGAUCUGUCUGCGCUCAUAUACUGAAUCCCCUAGGUAAUAGCUGGGCCAUCUUUUGAAUCGUUUUAUAAAAAAGCCUGUCUCAGAACCUGCAGUGUCAUCUUGAGAGCAAACGCAUCUGACUGAAGUAGUGUCCGUCUGCUCUUCUAACUCAGGUCCUGAACACAGACCCACCUCUCAAUGGGUGCCUCGGCUUUAUUUCGUUUCCCCGUGUCACUGACCAGAACACGCACAGUGCGGCCGGGCCUCGGGCUGUGGGAGACGCUGACGCUGCUGUCCCGAGAGAUAGCUGUCACUCGGGUCCAGAUGGCAGGCAAGAAGGACUGCCCUGCUCUGCUUGCCCUGGACGAGAGUCAACUUGAAGAGCAGUUUGUGAAAGGACACGGUCCAGGGGGCCAAGCAACCAACAAAACAAGCAACUGCGUGGUGCUGAAGCACAUCCCCUCGGGCAUCGUUGUAAAGUGUCAUCAGACAAGAUCAGUUGAUCAAAACCGAAAACUAGCUCGGAAGAUCCUACAAGAAAAAGUGGAUGUUUUCUACAAUGGUGAAAACAGUCUUGUUUACAGAGAAAAACGAGAGGCAGAGAAGAAAAAGCAAGAAAGGAAAAAAAGAGCAAAGGAAACCCUAGAGAAAAAGAAGCUCCUGAAAGAACUGUGGGGAUUGAGUAAAAAUGCCCGCUGAGAAGGAACUGCAGAUUCAGACAGAAAGAGUCCGCCAGGAGGCUCUCAGGGGAUAACGGUGGGAGCUCCAUCACCAGUGUUACGGUAGAGCUUUUACGGAAAAAUGACAGACUUAAAAGACCUAUUUUUCGAAAAGGUGGAAGAGGCUCAACUGGUGAAUAGAGGUGCUCACUUUGGGAAUAAAGCUAUAAGCACAAGGAAGUGAUUACUGUCACUUCAGGUGGAGGGAGGAGGUGACACUGGAAUUCGGCACAUGGAGGGGCUUCUGGGGUAGCCGACAACGUUCUGUUUCAACCUAGGAGGUGGUCAGAAAGGUGUUCGCCUUAUAAUGCUCUUUAAGGUGUACGUGUAUUUGCGUGAAUGUCUCUCUUUUAUUACGUUGUUGCUGUUGUGAAAGCGACCCCACGUGAUAAGAGUGGAACUGCCCCGUGGGGUUUCCUAGGCUAUUAUCUUAGUCUUGGAAGAAGUACAGCCAGAACGCUCCUU